AUGACGCAAGUGUUCAACAAGGUCAUCAUGAAACAACAACAGAUGACCAACUUCGGAAACAAUGAACGACUGAAAAGGCUCUUGAUGUGUGUUGGAUAUAGCGGAAAUGGAGUGAGUGGAUCUCAAUUUCAAAGAAAUGUUUCAGUGGAGAAGACUAUUGAAGGAAAAUUGCUUAAACACAUGCAUCAAGUCGGAAUGUUAGGUGUCAAACAGCUUACUAGACAACAAGAAAAUGAUUAUGGAAAAAAACAAGAAUUUUACACAAAGCUCCAUACUAACAUGGAUUGGAACGCAUCGAGUAGAACCGAUAAAGGAGUGCAUGCCGUUGCAAAUUUCUUUUCUUGCAACAUUCCACCUACUGCCCCAAAUAUAAAAGCAAAACUUUCUGAAUGGAGGAGCGAGCUCAAUAAUUCAUUUGCAUCGGAUGAUAUUCUACAAGUAUUUCACAUGGAUGUUUUAGAGGACAACGAAGAAUUUAAUUGUAGACAAUUUGGAAUGUGGAGAACAUACGAAUACUUUAUUCCUCAAUUUUGUCUAAAGGCCAUGUAUGAAGUUUGUCGAAGCAUUCCAAAUACAAAUCAAUCAAAUUCACAAAAGAAGGGUCGAGCACAGUUACCUGAAAUUAACUUGGAACAGAUUUGCACAAGAUUCAAUAGUGUUUUUUCAAAAAUGGAAGGAUUCAGAAAUUUUCAAAAUUUCACAAGCGCAUCGUCUGCGCAGUCCAAUCAUUCAAACAAAGUGGAAGAUGAAGAAGACCAAGACGAUGAAUUAUUUCAAGAUUUAACACUUUCCGACUCUGUUGGAAGACAGUUUUACAGAACAGUUUUGCAAUGUCAAGCUAAAUCUCAUACUCUUCCAAUACCACAUUUCAAGCUGUACUCGUCUUCAACCACACCUCUAUCUACAGCUGAGACGCUACGAGGAAUUUCUAUUAAGGUCACAGCUAGCGGAUUCUUAUACCACCAAAUUCGAAAAAUGAUUGGUCUUGCAAUUUCACACUGGCUCUAUCCGAAAGAAAUUGACGAAGAGUUUAUUGACAUUUCACUAUUUUCACAAGAAAGAAUGUUCAUCCCAACAGCACCAGGAGAUUCACUCAUUUUAGUCCACACGGCAUUGAAAGAUCCUUCUCUGGAGAAAUUUGUGUACAACAAUUCAGGGAAUAUGCGCCCAGAAACACACUCGCUUUAUCCUCAAAUCAUGCUAGAAACUUCGGCUUCAUUCAAACAUGUUCAGAAUUAUUUAUCAACGAGAUCUAAUAGUGGCGAUAAAAAACAAGACGAGAAAAAACCAGUUCAGAGAUCGUCAUGGAUUCAACUAGCUCACGAGCUUAAAUUUUACCUUAACGAUUUGGUCAACCAAAAAGAAAAUGUUAAAAAGAGAGCAAAAAAACAAAUUGAAGCACAACGAAAGAGAGAAGAAUGGAAGAAGAGGGACGAGCAGGAGCAACGAGCUGCUAAAAUUUCCUCCAUUUCAGAAAAAGCAAAACAAGGUCUUGAGCAUGACGUGGAUUUUUUACCGAUUGGCUACCGAUUACAUUUCUAUGUGAAAUUCAAAUGCUUGCCUAAUGAAGAACGAACAAUCUCUGCCCUGAACACCUUACAAGAAAUGAUUCGACUUGGCACCAUUCCGCCCAAAGAAAAUAAUUUCGAAAUACUUGACCAAAUAGUUUUGAGCAAGUUCAAGCAUUCUUUUCCUGCACUCUAG